CGCACUGAUGCACUACGACUACACGUCACUACGUCAGACUACAGAGUACAAAUCAACUAUUAUAGUAUAAUAUUAAAUUCUUAUAAUAAUAUAAUCUUAUCUGAGUAUCUAACCUCGGUGAUUGUUACACUACUACACUACUAUAUAGUAUAGCGCAACAGCGGUUUACUACCACUUUAUAAUUUACUCUGUCCUACGGUCUACCUACUACCUACAAAUAUUUCGUUGUUGAUUCACUUUAUAAUUUUAUAAUAACUAAAAGUAAAUAAAUUUCAAAUACAAUGGCAUCAAAAAAUCAAUUCAUCACAUUUAAUAACGGUCAGAAGUAUCCAGUUGUAGGAUUUGGCACUUGGAAGUCAAAGCCUGGUGAAGUUGAAGAAGCAGUCAAAGUUGCCAUAGAUACAGGAUAUAGACAUAUUGAUUGUGCUAUGGUUUAUGAUAAUGAAAAUGAAAUAGGGAAAGCUAUAAAGCAAAAAAUUGAUGAAGGUGUUGUUAAACGUGAAGAUUUAUUCAUUACUAGCAAACUGUGGAAUACUUUUCAUCAACCCGAUUAUGUUGAAACAGUAUUAAAAAAAACAUUAUCUAAUUUGCAAAUUGAAUAUUUGGAUCUAUACUUAAUUCACUGGCCUAUGGCUUUUAAGGAAGGUAAAUUGGAAGAUGAAUGGUUCCCAAAGGAUGCUGAUGGAGUCACACUCGAAGGAAAUGGUUCUUAUAUAGAAACAUGGAAAGCAAUGGAAAACUUGGUUACAAAAGGUCUUGUCAAGUCAAUUGGUAUAUCAAACUUUAAUAAGAAACAAAUAGAAAACAUUCUAAGUAUAGCUACCAUAAAGCCAGUUGUUAAUCAAAUUGAAUGCCAUCCAUACUUGAAUCAAAAAAAAUUAAAAGAAUUUUGUGAACAAAAUAAUAUAUUUGUAACUGCAUACAGUCCUUUAGGAUCUCCAGACAGGCCUUGGGCUAAGCCAGAAGAUCCGUCACUCUUGGAAGACCCAAAAAUUGUAGCAAUUGCAAAAAAAUAUGGUAAAACUGCUGCUCAAGUUUUGAUUAAAUAUCAAGUACAAAGAGGCAUCAUUGUCAUUCCAAAAUCUGUGACCAAGAGUCGCAUUGAAUCCAAUUUUGAUAUAUGGGACUUUGUAUUAGAACAAGGUGAUAUUGAUGCGAUUGAUACUUUUGAUUGUAAUGGCAGAGUUCUUCAUCUUAACUGGUAUAGAACUACUAAAUUACAAAUCAUUAAAUACGUCUGGAGUAUUGAAUAUUGCCAGACGCCAGUCUUACAUAAAAUAACUCAAAAGUAUAAAACUGCAGUAACCAGUCUAGUGCCACUAACUACUACAUCAGCUAAAAUAUUAUUCUUUUUUGUUACAGUAACUAAUAGAUACUUAAAUAUGGCAUCAAAUUUGAUGAAAAUGGUAAAGUUCAAUAACGGUCAAUUAUAUCCCAUCUUAGGUUUGGGAACUUGGCAGGCAUCAGCAAUCAUUGAUGACUCUCAACAACUCAUCAAUUCUAUAAAAAAUGCAAUUGACAUAGGAUAUCGUCAUUUUGACUGUGCUGCCAUUUAUAACAAUGAAAAAUUGUUGGGAAAGGCUAUAAAUGAUAAAAUUUUAGAAGGUGUUAUUAAAAGAGAUGAACUAUUCAUCACUAGUAAGCUUUGGAAUGAUAAGCAUAGAUCUGAGCUGGUAGAAGAAGCAUUGAAGAAUACUUUGAAUGAUUUAUGUUUGAGUUAUGUAGAUUUAUAUCUUAUCCAUUGGCCUUUUGGAACUAGUGAAGAUUCUAAUGCUACUGAUAGCGAAGGCCGGUUAUUAAGUUCUGGUAUCUCUUAUUUAGAAACUUGGAAAGCUAUGGAAGCAUGUGUUCAAAAAGGUCUCACAAAAUCAAUUGGAGUGUCAAAUUUUAAUAUUAAACAGUUAAAAGAUAUUUUAGAAAUAGCUACUAUUAAACCAGUUGUUAAUCAGGUUGAGUGCCAUCCUUAUUUAACACAAAAUAAACUGAAGGAGUUUUGUGAAAGUAAUGGUAUACUACUAACUGGUUAUGCACCAUUAGGAUCAGCAAAAAGAUCAUGGGCAGGACCUGAAGAAGAUGCUAUUUUAGACGAACCUAUUGUAAAACAAUUAGCUGAUAAGUAUAAGAAAACCAAUGCACAAAUAUUAAUUAAGUUCCAAAUCCAAAGAGGUGUUAUAGUCAUUCCAAAGUCAUCCAAUUCAGAGAGGCAGAAAGAAAAUUUUGAUGUCUGGGAUUUUGAGUUAACUACACAAGAUAUAGAUCUACUCGAAUCCUUGAACAAAAAUGCUCGUUAUUUUGAAUUCAACACUGCAAAACAUUUGAAAGACCACCCAUUCCUUGAUGAAGCCUAAUUUGAACCUUUGGAGAUAAACAUUUAACAUUUUGGCUAAAAUUAAUACUAUACUGCUUAUAAAUAUAUUAAAAAUGUAAUAUUGUUUAUUAAUAAAUUUAAAAAUGUUCAAGUUUA